GUGAUUGGACAGAAAGCACCGGCGCGUGAUGUGGACAGAAAUCUAGAUAAACAGGUGGAGGUUUAUGUAAAUAACAAGAGGAGUGAAAGUGUUUGUUCAGCUUCCUGUGCCAUAAUGUGUGGAGGGUAGACGGAGGAAACACUGGAUUUAACACGAGCAGACGUGUUGCCCCUUCACGCCGGUAGGAGCUGUCAUUCACAGGAGGGUCUCAGCUCAUUCAGCUCGGCCCCCCAUCCUCCUGACGCGCGUGGCCGUGUGUCGUGAGCGCGCUCACCAUGCCCCAGAUGUCGACCGCCACAGUGCUGCAGAUCGCGCUCUUGCUUUCCGCCGUGCCCGCGCAAUACCUCAUCUCCCAGUGGAGCGGCUCGUCUGCGGUGCAGCGCUACCACGCCACUACGCGGUUGCUUAGGAUUUGGAAAGAGUGGAGAGGCUCGUACCUCAAUGGCACUGAGUGGAUGGACUGGGCAAACCAACACAUGUCUUAUGUCAUGUCUCUGGUUGGUUUGGAACAGGAGGAAACAAGUGCCCCGCCUCCAGUAGAGAGUCUGCUUUAUGGCAACGACCAGGGCUUCUUUGGAGCAUCCACGACAGUGCGCAGCCCCCGGCCUCCGUUUGUGUUUCUACGAGUGGGCGAGGUGGUGAUGGAGAGGAAGGGUCACAUGGUCGGGGUGGUGGUGAGCUGGGACCCUGAACUGCGAGCCCCUGCAGAGUGGAUCAAGAGGAUGUAUUCUGGUCUUGAGGGCAUCACAGCAGAGAGGACACCCCAUUACAAGGUACUGUUCAGCGGACCUGGACCCACCUCUCUGCUAAUUGCAUAUUUGCCUCAGACACAACUGGAGCGUAUCACUGGGAUGAAGCCGGACGUCCCCACCUUGGAGAAUUAUUUCACAGAUUUUGAUGGUGAGCGGUUCAUCAUGCAGCCCUGGCUUAGAGAGCUCUUCCCUGAAGACGAGGUCAGCGAUGUCUGACUGCUUGCUCUCAAAGAUCUGAUCCAUCCAGCUGAGGCUUUCAUUUCCUUCCUUCUGAGGCCAAUCACAGAGGUUGUGUUCAGGUGUUAUGAUCAAAUGUAGAAUUUAAAUCUCUUUCGUUGGUUUUGAAAAUACAUAAUUGAAUGUUUGGCGUGUUAAAGGUAAAAGAUACUGGUGAUAAAUACUUGAGAUGUGACCAAUUAUUUAGAAAAUCAGCUGUAUAUAUAUUUUUUCCAAUGUACAUGACAGUGUUGACUACUGCACCUUGAAUCUACUGCAACUAUGCAAUAAAAAGUGUUAAAGUGUGA